ACGGAAUCCAAGAUGGCACCGGUAAGCAUAGCUUGAAACAUUUUGUCAAUAUUUCACCUAUCUUUUUCCUUUUUUUUCUAUUUUAACUCGUAUCUACUUUAUUAUAAAUACUUAAAGAAAGGAAUAGCGAUAAAACAUUUUGUAAAUUUUCGGGAGUUUGUGAAAUUAAAUGAAAUGUAGUAUUGAGACCACGUGCCACGCUGAGAACAAUUGAAUUAAUACUCCCUAUGAUUUUACUUUGAACACUGUCUAAUUCAAAUACUAUUCCAAGGUAUUAUAAACAAUUUCAUGGUUUUCAGACUAAAACUGUUCAAAAGAGACCCAAGCCAAAGGGAAAGAAGAAGAACAAGGACGCCAAGUCAUUCACUAUUGACUGCACUCACCCAGUUGAAGAUGGUGUUAUGAACGUUGAGAACUUUGAAGCCUUCUUGAAAGAAAAAGUUAAGGUAAAUGGAAAAACCGGCAACAUGGGAAAAGAUGUCAAGCUUGUCAAGGACAAGAACAAGAUUACCGUUCAUGCCGAAAUUCCCUUCAGCAAGAGAUAUUUGAAAUAUUUAACAAAGAAAUAUCUCAAGAAGAACAGUCUUCGUGAUUGGCUUCGUGUAGUAGCUAACGCCAAGGAAUCCUACGAAGUUCGUUACUUCAACAUCAAUAACGACGAAGAAGAAGACGAGGAGAACUAAUUUCUUAAAGUUAUCAGAAAUACACGUUUUUGAAUUGAAUAUAUAUUACUUUCUUAUUCUUCUUGAACGAAAGCAUUAGAAUUACAUAUGUUAAGUGCGAGAGUUGUUCUUAAAAGAGUACACUUAAUCUUAUCUAUAGUGCAGCCUUAAGCUAGAUAUAAGCUCGCUCAACUCUUUAAUUAUUCUCCUCACGACUUGCACGUAAGCAACCCAAAAUAUAGUAAUCUUUUUAGGCUCAAUACCCUUUUCAAAGGCUCUUAAAUCGUCUUCGUAUUUUAUGCAUACGAAGAUUACUAUAGGAGCGGAAAGCUGGGGGUGGUGUGGCACUUAAAGGUAAUAACUUAUUUUAUAGUAAAGGGAGAACUAAUUAAAGUUGUAAUACUCCUUCUUGAAAUCCUAUUUUGACGUUAAAUAUUUUGGUUCUAGGCAUCUUCAAGAACCAGUUCUAUUAGCUAGUGAAAAUUUGCGAAAUAAACUUUUUUGACGACCAUGCAUCAAUUGAGAAGAAAUGUUUUUAUCUAUCUUAGGCGACAUUACAAAUAUGGAAUAUUGCUAUUAGUGAACAUAUCUCUUCUACUUUUUAAUAUAUGGAUUCUUACCAAUACAAGUUCAGUAAAGUCUUCAAAUACAAAAAAAUUAUCACUCGAAGUGAUAGAACACGAGUACUACAAAACCUUGGAUGACUACGAAAAAGGUGUGCAUUUACGUCCUCAACCUAUAUAUGCUGAAGAAAAGAACGAGCCUUUUGAAAAAGACAAAACUCGUAUAGACGAAGUAUAUACUCAAGCUCAGCAUAAAUACAAAGUUCCUCUGAAGUAUGACUACUCUGAGAGAUCCUCGUAUAUUGUCCCAUCUAUAGAACAUCAAGGAACAAUUAAAUGUUCUAGAGUUAUGAAAAAUGAUGAGCAAGAAAUAAAUAAAGCUGAAAGUUUGCAUAUAGAAAGACCGGGGAAAAUUCCGGUACCUUUAGAGACUUAUCAAUGGUGGUUGUCUCGAUGUAAGGACUUUAGAAGAGCAAGAGGAUACGUUGAAGUUGCAACAGAACAGGAGGAAAAAUGGCCUUUAGCAUUUAGUCUUUCAAUUUAUAGAGAUUUUGAACAAGCCGAAAGACUUUUACGAGCUAUAUGGAGACCCCAUAAUAUUUACUGCAUCCAUAUUGAUGUUAAAUCACCCUUAAUCUUUCAUAGAACAGUUAGGGCAUUAGCAAAAUGUUUUGAUAAUGUUUUUAUAGCUUCCCAUUUGGAUAAGAUAAAAUGGGGAGAUGUUAGUGUAUUACUCCCAGAUAUCAAUUGUAUGAGAGACCUAAUUAGAUAUUACAGGGGUCGGUGGAAAUACUUUAUUAAUCUUACCGGUCAAGAAUUUCCUUUGCGAACCAAUUACGAAUUGGCUAGAAUUGCAGAAAUAUUUAAUGGAUCAAAUGACAUUGCAGGAUCACUUUCGAGAAUGGAAAUGGAUCGAGUUAUUCAUAAAUGGGGUCAUAGGUGGAGUAUAACCUAUCAGCAAAUGAUCUUCUAUGAUACUUUCGAACAGAAAACCCAAUUUUAUGAGAAUGUAACAUUUUAUAAAGGAGAGAUGCACGGCUUAUUUUCUCAUAAUUUUGUAAAGUACGUAGUCGAGAGUAAAAUUGGCAUUGAUUAUUUAAAUUGGUGCAAAGACACUGGUCAUCCUAGUGAACAUUAUUACAACGUUUUAAACUAUAAUAAAUAUCUUAAUGCACCAGGUGGAUAUUACGGUAUGCUCACAAUAGUUUGUCUAUCUUGAUUAGAUUAUCGUCUAAAACGCAAACUUGAAUGAAUAAUUGUAGGUAAUUCGAAAUUAGCUGACAACUAUUCUUACAAUCUUGCUAUUCGAUUAAAACUAUGGAAUUCGGGUCGUCAUUACGGUGGACGCGACUGUUUGGGUCGGUAUGUGAGAGGUAUAUGCCAUUUUGGGAUUAAAGACGUUCCAUGGCUAGUGACAAGACCCGAAAUGUUUAUGAACAAGUUUAACCUAACGUAUAAAUGGUACGGUUAUGAAUGUCUUGAGGAAUGGCAUAGGGAAAGAACAAAGUUAAUGGAUAAAGUAGACUUUGAUGAUCGUUAUUAUAAAUCGUUACCAACAGUUAAAUAUGCAAGAAAAGAUGGCCUACCUAACUAAAUCGUAAAAUAUUGUCAGGGGAAAAACUGUGAAAUAUUUUCUUGUUAUAGAAAUUCUUUUGUUGAAUACAAAAUUAAAUAACUAUAA